UCGCCACACCUUUCAUUGACCUAACAUCCUUGUUUAAAACUAUAUCCACCACCAUCACCACUAAUGGCCACUUCGAUGACAUCAACCCAUGAAUACUUCUAUGGUCGCUGCAAGGCUCCUCUAAUCCCAUCAUCCAUGGCGGCCUUGAGGUGCUAUUGCCUUCAAUCGACUGCAACCAUCGUUCAGAGGAGGAAGAGUUCAAGAAAGAUGAUGAUCAGAGCCUCCAUGGAUGCCUGCCCAAGUUCUGAAUUGAAAAAAAGCCCCAAGUCUGUCAGCUUCACUGGCAAGGUCCACAAGGUUUAUGAGGACAAGAACAUGGGAAUCCUCUGCUACACUGAUAAGAAUGGCGAAUUGGUGUGUGAAGGCCUAGACGAAGGCCCGAGGCUGACCUGGCAGGACAUGGAGAAACUGAACAUGGAGAAAAAUGCAAAAAACCAAGGAGAUCAAAUGCAGAGGACAUUGCCGGUAGCGGGCAUUAUUGACUGGAGCAGCCUCCCGGCUGCUAUUAGUAUGGGGAAGAACUGAAGAAGAAGCUGAAAAGCUUAGCUAGUUCUGUACACGGUCUCUUGUUUGGUUGCUUGCUCUGUAAUGGUUAAUAAGGAUCUUUGUGUGUUGUAUAAGAUUGCAGGAGAGAAGAACUGAUCUAGCUGGUCAUCACCCAAUCUCUGAUGUAUUAGGGGAUGCAUGCCCACAAUUUUACUUUAGCUUCAGUUUCAGUACCAUUUGGCAAUCAAAGGUGUUGAAGAUGUACAA